CCUCUCUUCCAAGCUGUUUCACUUUAGUAACAAUCGCUCUUGUUAUUUAGGUUUUAUUAUGGUAGCAAACCGUAUGGCUUGGUAAUCUAGUUCUUUAACCGGCAUUUUACGGAGUACUCGUAUUGAUUUUACAUUGUUUAUGCUCACUGAUUGUUUGCUAGUUUUCUUCUUGCAGUAGACUUUUUUUGUCGCUACAAUACCCAACAUUUAAAGAGAUGCCUUUCGUAACAAUCCAAUAUCCUGUAACCGUGUAACGUAACCCAGAACAUUCCCAUCUCAUAGCUGAGUAUCGGACGUUUCCACGGCGAAGAUGAGCGGCGACGCGGAGCGUCUCUUGAUCCAGUUCCAGGACGAGGCGGGCGAGAUCCUCGGCUCCCCCUUCGAUGUGCCCCUGGACAUCACCACGGACAAGCUGCAACUAGUCUGUAAUGCACUGCUGCAAAAGGAAGAGCCGGUGCCCCUAGCUUUCUUCGUGAACGAUGCAGAGGUGCUCUCAUCCCUCGGCGCCUGCGUGCAGACAUUCGGUGUAGACACGGAGCGGAUCCUGCCGGUGGUGUACCAGCCCCAGGCCGUGUUCAGGGUGCGCGCAGUGGCCCGCUGUACGAGCUCGCUGCCAGGCCACACGGAGGCCGUCAUCUCGGUGGCCUUUAGCCCCACUGGAAAGUACCUGGCCAGUGGUUCAGGGGACACAACGGUGCGCUUUUGGGAUCUGACAACUGAAACGCCUCACCACACUGCCAGAGGACACGCACACUGGGUGCUGUCCAUCUGCUGGUCACCGGAUGGCAAGAAGCUGGCCUCUGGCUGCAAGAACAGCCAGAUCUUCCUGUGGGACCCUGCCACAGGGCAGCAGGUAGGAAAGACUCUUACAGGACACACAAAGUGGAUCACCUGGCUGUGCUGGGAACCGCUGCACUUAAACCCAGAGUGCCGCUACCUGGCCAGCUCUUCAAAGGACUGCUCAGUGCGAAUCUGGGACACGGUCCUCGGCCACUGUGAUAAGAUCCUGACGGGCCACACCCAGUCGGUCACCUGCGUGAAGUGGGGGGGUGAAGGCCUGCUGUACACGUCCUCCCAGGACAGGACGAUCAAAGUGUGGCGACCCAAAGAUGGCGUGCAGUGUCGUACUUUACAAGGUCACGCACACUGGGUUAACACUCUGGCCCUCAGUACAGACUACGCCCUACGGACAGGGGCGUUCGAGCCUGCCACUGCAACCGUGAACCCCCAGGAUAUUAGUGGAUCGUUGGAGGAGGUGAAGGACAAAGCCUUACAGAGAUAUAAUAAAGUGAAGGGCCACGGCCCCGAGCGACUCGUAUCUGGCUCCGAUGACUUCACACUAUACCUGUGGAACCCAGCGGAGGACAAGAAGCCAGUGGCGCGGAUGACGGGGCACCACGCCCUCGUCAACCAGGUGCUCUUCUCUCCUGACACCCGUCUGCUGGCCAGCGCCUCCUUCGACAAGUCCAUCAAGAUCUGGGACGGCAAAUCGGGCAAGUACCUCACCUCUCUGCGGGGCCACGUGGGUUCGGUGUACCAGGUGGCCUGGUCGGCAGACAGCCGCCUCCUGGUGAGCGGCAGCAGCGACAGCACCCUGAAGGUGUGGGACAUCAAGACGGGCAAGCUGAGCGUGGAUCUGCCCGGCCAUGCUGAUGAGGUGUUUGCAGUGGACUGGAGUCCAGAUGGGCAGCGGGUUGCCAGUGGGGGAAAGGACAAGUGUCUGCGGAUCUGGAGGAGGUAGCUGUUUUCACUGUGAGCUGGGCUGUCACUUUUGCCUUUUGCCAGCCAGGAGGUGGAAAAAGCCUUAACCAGACUGUUUACCCACAAUCCACUGCUCUACUCAUCAUGGUGGUCCAGUGCUGUCAAAGGCCAGGAAGCAUUGUCUUGUGGUGUGCAGGAAUGUAUAGAGGCGUAUUUUAGUACGCUUGUACUAAUGUCACGUGUCCUAUUCCACUUCAGCACAGAGAUGCUGAAAUAUGUACAAGACAUUAAGCUAUCAAAUAUUAAAUGUUACCAACUGAAAUCCUGAA